AUGGCUCGACGUAUUGUACGGACCGCGGUCCAGCUCCUCAUCGCGACAAUCCUAUUCUCCAUCGCCCUACUUUUCCUCGACCGAAACUACCGCGUCUUACCACCAUCUCUCCAUGCGUACAUGCCACAGCACAAUCAAGGCCACGUAGUAACCGAUAUAACAAUCACACAAUGCUCCUCCGUCAACCCCUUUUCCUCCUGCGACCUAGAUCCGAAGGUAUGGCAGCGCAUCGACAAGGACCUAUACCUAGGGAAGGCCUGGGUAUCAACGGCGUACUUGCACGUCAAGAGAAAGAAGGAGGAGGAUCUCGCCGACGAUGACAAGGUCGUCAUGGAUAUUUCCGUCGGACGGCUCGACCCCGGUGCCGCGUCUGGAGGCCAGCUCGAGGCGGACGAGAAGUGGGAAUCCCGCCCAUGCGGUCUCUGGAUCAAGAGAUCGACUAGCAGGUUUGCCAGCGACUCGAACAAGGCUGUCACGGCUGUGGAUGUUCUGUUCGGAGAUGACGCAGUGGAGGCGCGUGAGGGAUGGGGCAUUGUCGGCACCCGGCUGCUCCUCGAUUCGGCUUCUGGCAUUCCUGGGACAUACGUCACGGUGCGGCGAGGGAGGCCGAAGAAGAUUGCUAAGCCUGUUCCUCGAAUCAAGGAUAAUGGGAAGUUUAAGAUUAUACAGAUCUCGGAUCUUCAUCUGAGCACGGGGCCGGGCGCGUGCCGGGAGGCUAUCCCAGACAGUUACCAGGGCGGGAAAUGCGAAGCCGAUCCUAGGACCCUAGACUUUGUCUCUAAGGUUAUCGACGAAGAGAAGCCCGAUCUUAUCGUCUUUAGCGGUGACCAAGUCAAUGGUGACACCUCUCCGGAUGCACAGACAGCCAUCUUCAAAUAUGCACAAAUCGCAAUCAAGCGCAAGAUCCCCUACGUCACCAUCUUCGGAAACCAUGACGAUGAGCAGACGUUGUCACGACAAGCGCAGAUGUCCAUCAUCGAAUCCCUGCCCUACUCACUUUCCGCGGCCGGACCGGAAGAUGUAGAUGGUGUUGGAAAUUACUUCAUUGAGAUCUUGGCCCGAGGAAGUUCCGACCACUCUGCGCUGACCCUGUAUAUGCUGGAUACCCACGCCUACUCUUCGAAUGAGAAGAAAUACCCCGGCUAUGACUGGCUCAGGCCCAACCAGAUCGAAUGGUUCAAGAGGACCGCAUCGGGGCUCAAACCGGCUCAUAAGGAAUACACUCAUAUCCACAUGGACCUCGCCUUUAUUCACAUUCCUCUUCCCGAGUACGUUGGAGUUCAGAGGUUCUGGAAGGGCGCAUGGAGGGAGUACGUCACGGCACCAGCGUAUAAUUCUGGGUUCCGGGAUGCCCUCGUGGAACAAGGUGUCGUUAUGGUCAGCUGUGGACAUGACCACGUCAAUGACUAUUGCAUGCUAUCAACCGAAGGCGAAGAAGAAAAGAGGCCGGCACUAUGGAUGUGCUACGCUGGUGGCUCAGGCUUCGGAGGAUAUGCCGGCUACGGCGGCUACAACAGGAGAGUCCGCGUGUUCGAGGUGGACGCCAACGUUUCGCGUAUCACGACGUGGAAGCGGAUCGAGCACGGAGAGCCUGAAGAGCUUGCGAAACGCGUCGACGAGCAAAUUAUUGUCGACGGCGGCCGCCCCGUCGGCCCAACAAUGGAGGAGGAACAGGCGGAGAGGGACGGACCGCCAGUAUAG